UAAGAAAAAGCACUUCCGGUCCAAUUUUUCUCAAGAACGUGCUGACGACUUGAUUGUCCUUGGAGAAAAACACUGAGCUGCUUGAAGUUGCAAUAUGGGAAACUUGUCAAAAAUUGUGGACUCCCUGCCAGAGCACUAUGGGUGUGUUAUCUUCACAGGUGUGGCAAGUACUUUUAUCAACAUGUGGAUGGGUAUCAAUGUAGCCAAGGCCAGGAAGACGUAUGAAAUUCCAUAUCCUAACAUGUACAGUCCUGACAAUAAAAUGUUCAACUGCAUUCAGCGAGCACAUCAGAACACACUAGAAAGCUACCCACAAUUCCUGAUGCUGUUAUUUAUUGGUGGACUCCAGUACCCUAGAACAUCUGCCUGUGCAGGGACCCUGUAUUAUAUCAGUAGAAUUGCCUUUGCCAAGGGCUACUAUACAGGAGAACCCGAGAAGAGGCGGUGGGGAUCCUUUGGAUACAUUGGACUGAUCACCAUGCUGGGUUGUACAGUGGGCGUCGCCCUCCGACAACUCAAAGUCUUUCCUCAUUGAAUGUCCAUUUAAUGGAAACCUGACUUUUUUUGUUGUGCUGUGCAUAAUUAGAUCAUAUAGCAUUUGUUGUUAGACAAUUGAAAAUGGUUAAUUGAUUAAUGUUUCUUUUUACUUCUAUACUUGCUGAUACUACAUGUAUUUAUAUCAACUUUUUUUUACUUUUGUACUGAUGUUUAUUUUGACACUGGUAAAUAUUCUUACACACACAAAAAAACUAGCAGUAGAUUAUAAUUUAUCAACAAAAACUUUUUUUGCGUGUUGAUGCAUAUUGAUUUGUAUGUCAGUUUCAUUAGUACAUUAAAUGUAAUGAUCUUAAUAUACUUUUAAGUAUUAGUUUUUGCAGUUAAAAAAGAAUUGUGAAAACUGAAUUGCAACACACUGUGGGUAAUAUCAUUGUUUGAAAAAAUCAUGCUAGUGCAGAUUUUAAGCAUGAUCAAUGGAACUGACAUUGUAUGUCUGUCCUGUCAGCUGGUAAUUUAUUAAUUUUAGUCAGUUUUCAUGUCCAUUUAAUUUGCAUUGAGUUUUGUAAGAUUUAAAUAACCGUCCUUCUAUGCAGUUGUAAGGACAAUAAAAGUGCCAUCAUUAAUAAAAGGAAAUAAAAAUU